UGGGGUUGGAUGACAUUUACCUCGCUGUUCAUGAUGGAGAUAAUAAACGUUUUGACGACGGUACACUAAGAAGUGGAGAAUCCACUAAAACAUUGUCAAUUCAAAAAAAAAUUGGACAAGACCAAAGAAAAGGAACAGGUCAACAUUUAAUAGUCGGCACGAAUAAUCCACCAAUUAAUCUUGAUAAUAUUCUUGCAAACCCAGGACGUUCAUACCAGCAUACAGUAGGGGGGGUACGAUUAGAAUUGGUAUUCAAUGAAUCUGGAGGGUCUGGCUUUCAAGAAAAUGCUGGUGCUGGAAAUAUUUAA